CGGCGGGUUUAACAUGAAAACAAUCCAACUGAAUGAUGCAAUGAAUGUCGGAAAAUGGGUGUAACAUUAGCCUCCUCUGUUUGUGUGUGUGUGGACUGUAGACACACAGACACAAACAUCAACAUCAACAUCAAGGCAUAAUCUUUACUAAAUCUAAACAAGAUGCAAAAUAAAAGCCAUGGUGGACUUUGGGGGACAAGAAUCACCCCUUCAAUUCUGGUGUACUUUAUGUGAAGAGAAAAGUAGGAGCUUGUUCAUAUGCAGAUGAUCCUAUAGGAUGCCAAUCACUGCUAUCAAGAGCAAUGCAUAAAGUGUUUGGUCUGACACACUUGAGAGCUUUUGGAUGUUCCAAGUCUAUAGCGGAUAUCACAUUAGAUCAGUUGGUUAGUACAUUCUCCUCUGAUCCAAGCUUAACUGCCUUUGCCCAACUAUGUUGCAAUCCUUCAUGGAAUAGCAGGUAUGGAAUUGCAUUCCACGAGUUUUGCUUGCAAGUGCUCUUUGAAUGUGUGAGCAAGGACAGGCCAACUCUUCUACAGAUAUACUUGUCCAUAUACUCCACAAUUGAGUCAAUGGCAGAACAAGGCACUGGUGGUGCCGGUAAUUCUGGUGAUUCAAUUUCCCUCCUAAGUCUUAAGCUUGCACUUGCCUAUGGUGAAUCCUUGCUGGCUAAAAUAUUAACCAGUUCAAGUGGUGGCAUUAUGCACACGACUUUCCUGGGUACAGUCAAGAAGAGGGUGGAGGAAAUUCUCAGUUCUUCAUCACCCAAUAUACAAAAGAAUCUCCUGGAUUAUAUCAAGUUUGGAAGAUGGCCAUGUGAUGACAGCCAGGCUUCCACACAUCUCUCUUGGUAUCUCCAGUGGAAUGGAGUGCCAUCUGUAUAUGAGCUUCGAAGAGCUGAGGAGAAAAUGAAGGCCCUCGGAAUGACCUCAUCUGUUCCUUUCCUGCACUUGUUAUUUCCAAGAACGAAUGCCACUGCACUUGCAGAGAUCAAUAGGUGUGCCGAUCCUUGAGCUCCAUGAAACUUUGUGUGUGAUUAUGCAACUUGUACGGAGUAUUAUUUAUGUUCUACUUUGACUGUACAUAAGGAGAAGUAACCUAUAAUAAUGUAUUAGGAAUAGGUUGGCACUAAUUGGCAGGACUGAUCAGAGUUGUGUAACUAAGUUUAUUUUAGGUAAUGAACACCUUAUUAGAGU